AUGUGGGGCUCCCUGUCGGUGCUGCCUGUCUUCCUGGCCCUGUGGGGUACCCUCGGCAUCUGGAUCGUGUUUGGGAUUGCCGUGAACAACCACACCGUGGACCUCGCCCAAGGCUUCCCCUACAUCAGCUACUGCGGAUCCUUCCCGCCUCAGAGCUGCAUCUUCAGCCAGUUCCUCAACAUGGGCGCCGCCCUGGCCGCCUGCAUCUGCGUCCUGCGCCACCACCAGCUCCGGGACUGGGGCGUGCGCACGUGGCCUAACCGCCUCGUCCUCUGCACCGGCCUCUUCUGCGCCCUGGGCACCUCCGUGGUCGCCAACUUCCAGGAAAAGAACGAGCGGCCCACCCACCUGGCAGGGGCCUUCCUGGCCUUCAUCGGGGGCAACCUCUACUUCUGGCUGCAGCUGUACCUGUCCUUCUCCACGAAGGGCCUGCCCCGGCCCGGGGCCCCCUGGCUCCAGCCGCUGCGCCUGGGCCUCUGCAGCCUCUGUACCUCGCUCAUCGUGGCCAUGAUCGUCCUCCACACCUGGCCGCUGCGCUCGGCCUCUGCCGCCUGCGAGUGGGCGGCCGCCAUGCUGCUGUUCCUGCUGUUCGGCCUCUUCGCCGUGGACUUCUCGGGCCUGCAGCGCUGCCGCCUGUGCCUCCAGCCGGGGCCCAGCCUCCCGCCGCCCUCCCCCGCCUCCUUGCAGGCCCACGCGCUGCCACAGGCGCUCUGACCUGGGCCUCGUCCUCACCGGUGGUGGACGAAGGCGAGUGCGGCCCUGAGAUGACCCCUGGGGCUCCCCCCGGCCGGCUGGAGGGGGCGCGCCGCUGGCCAUUGCACUCUGGGGCCCGGUGCGCGCGUGCGUGGGGCGGCGGCCUGGGACAACUGGUCAGAGCCGGCACCGCGCGCCGGCCCUGCCAUCUGGCUGCCCCUGUGGUCAGAGGCGCCCGGCGAGCACGAGGCCAAGGCCAGCUGUCCCUGGUGGAGCUAUUUAUUAUUAUGUUUGCUGCCGGCGGA